AUGCAGCAGUACGGAACAUUAAGCAUGAGCAUGCCUCCACCACGGCCGCCAUCGGGCUACGAGUCGAGCGAAGACGAACCUGCACCGAGAUAUGAAACACAGGUUUUGAAUAUGGCUGUUGACGACGCGGAUCUGCAGCUAGACUUUAGUCCCAACAACCAUGCGUUUAACAUACACAAUGUUCAGUAUUUGUCUAAAGAUAACGGGGAACGAAGCCCGACUCUGUCGGAAACAGCUACAACCGCGAGAGCCUCGAGUGUCAACGAGAACGGCGCCUCUAUGAACAACAACCAAUCGUUCGACAAUGGAACCAUUGCUCGCAACACACAAACGUUGAACCGUCGCACUACGAACACGCACGCAUUGAACAACGCGCUGGGAACACUGCCGCGGACGAACAAUGGUGUUAGUAGCGGGCUAUUCGCCUCAACUUUGGGCAGAAAAAUAAACACCGGGAAUCACAAGAAAAAAGCAACGCACCCUAUUAUGGCGUAUGAUGAGAUUCCUGGAUUGCAAAGAGCUUCCGAAAAUGAUAACGUGACAUUCGGUAAGAGAAAUUUCACCGGCUUCAAUUAUAACCAAUCACCCGUUGAGACCACUACAGAACUAUAG